AAGGGUUUAGUCGAGAAAAAUGGUCUCUCCGAGUUUAAGGGCACUUUGUGUGGUUUUACUUCACUUAGCAAGAAUCGGUGGAUUUCCAUUGAGCUCAACCGAAUCGAACGGCACCACCGACUGGGUACUGAUUCCGACAGUGACAGGUGAAUUGGUCUGGACCCAUCCACUCGUUGUGGAAGCUCAGAGUCGAUCCUGGGAUAUGGGCGAGUCGGAAAUAGAGUUUGUGUUUUUCUCUAGGAGAAACUCUAUCGGAACGGCACUUAAGUGGAACGAGUUGCAUACAUUGGGCAACGAUACUUUUGUAGGCAUGCACCCAACCCGGAUCAUCAUACAUGGCUGGCAGAACAGUCGAUACUCUCCGAUUAACUUUAACAUUCGUGAGACCUACCUUAUCAUGUGGGAUUACAACAUAGUGGUGGUGGAUUGGUCAAAGUGUGCUCUCAACUGGAAUUACAUUUCGGCGGCGUCCUGUGUGGAAAUUGUGGGCAGAACGUUAGCUAGAGUUCUCGUUGAUUUGGAGACAACUCGGGGAAUGUCUUUGGACAACGUUUACCUGAUCGGUCACAGUCUUGGUGCGCACAUCGCCGGAAUUGCAGGAAAAUACAUUCCACGGGGUAAAGUGUCAACUAUUGUUGGAUUGGAUCCGGCCUUUCCACUGUUUUAUCUGGAUCGACCGAAUAAUCGAGUCGCCACUGGAGACGCUACGUAUGUUGAAAUAAUUCAUACGAACGGGGGUAUUCUGGGCUUUCGCGAUCCGUUGGGAUCGGCCGAUUUCUACCCGAAUGGAGGCAUAACACAACCGGGUUGUGGAUUGAAUAUUGGAGGAUUGUGCUCACACUCGCGUUCCUGGAAAUUGUUCGUGGAGUCGCUCCUUGAGCCAGAGGAAAAUUUGAUGGCGGAAAGGAUCGGUUCGCUGGGUGAUCUCCCCGCUAUCGGAUUAAAUCGGAUCGGCCGAGCCAAACUCGGCGGAGAACCUUCGAAUGCUGCCUGUGGGGUCCUCGGCCUGUACUAUAUCAACACGAACGAUCGCAGUCCCUACUUUGGUAAACAUCAUCGCUAUCUUUCGCAACGUCGCGUCAGGUAUACUAGUCUACUAGCGCAGCGCGAGGGGGUAAAUCAGCAUGCACGACCGGAGCUGAAUCUGAAUCUCCAGAGACUUGCCCCAGUCGAGAACAUGAGCUUCGACUCAGUUCAAAUGAAAUCUUCAUCCAAAACGGUCGUGUAG